AUGAAUUCCACUAACCAGCACAAAGUCCUAGAGUUCACUCUGUUGGGAUUGGCCAGUUUCCCCAAGCUCAGCAUAGCCCUAUUUCUUCUCCUUCUCGUUAUCUACAUUCUUAUAUUGCUUGCAAACCUGUUGAUCAUAGUGGCAGUCCAUUUUGAAGUACGUCUCCAUUCAGCCAUGUACUAUUUUCUAAGCAGGUUAUCCCUUGUAGACUUGUGCUAUGCUACAGUGACCAUCCCCAAAAUUUUAGCUGACUUCCUUUCCAAAACCAACAUAAUCUCCUCUAAUUCCUGCAUCACCCAGCUGUUCUUCCUGCAUUUCUUUGCAGGAACAGAGUGCAUUCUCCUAACUGUCAUGGCCUAUGACCGCUACAUCGCUAUCUGCCACCCCCUACGCUAUUCCAGUAUUAUGAACAAGACUGUCUGUCAUUGGCUUGAGUUUGUUUGUUGGGCUUCCAGUUUUUUACAUUCCAUAAUUCAGAUCAUCAUGACAUGUCAACUAAAGUUUUGUGGACCAAACCAAAUAGACCAUUUCUUCUGUGACAUCCACCCUUUGUCCGUGCUGGCCUGUUCAGAUAUUGUCAUCAUUGAAAUAGUAUUUGUGGCCAACAGUGGGCUGAUUUCUGUAAUAUGCUUCCUUGUGUUACUUAUGUCUUAUAUGGGCAUCAUUAACACCAUACUUAAAGCCCGAUCUGAAGAGGGCCUAGGAAAAGCCUUUUCGACUUGUGCCUCACACCUCACUGUUGUCACCCUUUUCUUUGGACCUUGUGUCUUCAUAUAUUUAAGACCCUCUGUGUCAUAUGCAGUAGAUAAAAUGGUGUCAAUAUUCUAUACAAUGGUAACACCCCUACUGAACCCAAUUAUUUACACGUUAAGAAAUAAAGAGGUAAAGACUGCCAUCAAAUCAAUUUUGGCCAAGAAGUUACUAUGA